AUGGAUUUGAUGAACUGCUCCAAUGAGAAUGCAAGCGAUUCAAACUCCAAAUUACCUUCUUCACGGUACAAAGGAGUAGUCCCGCAGCCUAAUGGCCGUUGGGGAGCGCAGAUAUACGAGAAGCACCAGAGAGUAUGGUUGGGAACGUUCAACGGACAAGAAGAAGCUGCCAAGGCCUACGACAUUGCUUCACUAAGGUUCCGAGGUGUCGACGCCAUAACGAACUUCAAGCAAUCCUCACUGAGUAUCACCGCAGAUGAUCACGAAGAUGAGGCCUUCUUCUUGCAGUCACAUUCCAAGGCUGAGAUCGUCGACAUGCUUCGGAAACACUCCUACACCAAGGAGCUACAGCUGUUCAAGCACACCAAUGGUGGCAAGAGAAUAAAAUACAAUGACAUUGACUUGAUGAACAUUCAUAUCCAGAAGGAAUGGCUGUUCGAGAAGGUGCUAACACCAAGCGACGUGGGGAGGUUGAACAGGUUUGUUAUACCAAAACAACAAGCCGAGAAGCAUUUUCCGUUGAUGGAUUCUGAAGCUAAGGGAGUGUUGCUAAAUUUUGAGGAUGUUUUGGGGAAUGUCUGGAGGUUUAGGUACUGUUUUUGGAGUAGUAGUCAAAGUUAUGUGUUGACAAAAGGCUGGACUAGGUUUGUGAAGGAGAAGAAGGUGAAAGCAGGUGAUGUUGUUAGGUUUCAUAGAUCAAGUAGCAUGGGAGAUGAUAAGAAUCUGUUCAUAGAUUGUACGCCAAGAAACACCGACGACGAGGUUUCACGUUUUCCGGAGACGACUAGUUCGGUCGAUGAGCCGUUAAUGGAGCCGGUUCAAGAUCAGGAUGGAGUGAUAAGAUUGUUUGGAGUCAACAUUGUCGAAAGCAACAUCGCAGACAGUAGGACGUAUACUUGCUUUCAAUAUAUGUAA